GCCGGCUGUGAGGGAGGCGGGCCAGGUGUACGAGCAAGGGCUCGGUUAUGUUCCCUUCUCUUUCCUCUCAGCAGGGCGAGUGACGUGGCCUAUCAUCCGGGAGGGCAUUGGGAGCGUGGGAGAGAAAUACAACGCCAUGGCUUUCUCCUGUUUUGCCGUCAGGUCGGCGUUGGCGAUAUCCUUGCUCGUGGUUCUCGGACUGGCGCUUCGCGCGGGGAAAGCUUGUGGAUGGAACAGUGUUCGACUCCAGCUUGACUAGAGGGGAUCCUAUCUCUUUCACACUUGGAAAGGGUCAAGUCAUCAAGGGCUGGGACCGAGGGAUUGCUGGUAUGUGUCUUGGGGAGAAGCGGAAGUUGAAGAUUCCUGCCAGUCUAGGCUAUGGAGAGCAUGGAUCACCUCCAACCAUUCCUGGUGGAGCUACCCUGAUCUUUGAGACUGAGCUUAUGUCUGUGAAUGGGGUGAAAGUGACGGAGUCAGAUAGACAGGAGCUGUGAUUCAGCAAAGCUUGCACCUCUGUCCAGGAGAACCACCCACCUAUAACAGGAGGCAGAGGCAGAGGUGGAACGGAUUUUUAUGUGCCAGCGCAGAGGAGAAGGUAGUCUCUUCUUCGCAUUUUCAAGUGGCAGCAUUUGUAACAAUGCAAGAAUAUGUGUUGAAUAGCAUCAAGAGCACUGAAGUGGAAACGCCAAUGGCAGCAAGACAAGCUAGGGAAUGCUUGGGAGAGGUGGAGGGAUUGGUAGCAAGGGAGGGAGAUAAGGUAACCAAGGAGGAGGAAAGAGAGAAAGACGAUAGGCAAGAAGACGGUCAGCACGGGUAUAGUAAUGGAAUCGACGUAGAGGAAAAGGAGCAGGAUGGCGACGACGACGGUGAUGAUGGCGGUGAGGGGAAUCGAGGGGAUGACAGUGAUGGCGGUGACGAGGAGGAGGAUGAGAGAAGUGUCGGGGAAGAAGCCCUAGAAACACACAAGGGUCAACAUGAAAGUAGUAAACGAGUUGAAGUAGAAGAAGAAGAGAAGCAGGAUGGCGACGAUGAUGACGAUGACGACGAUGAUGGCGAUGAUGACGGCGACGAGCUUGAGGAGGGUGAGAGAAGUGUCCGGGCACAAGCGAGAGAAAGACAGAUGUGUGUUGAAAGGCAUGUCGAGGGUGUGACCGGUGGUAGGACUGUGGCAGAUUAUGGGUGUAGAAAAACUGUGGAGGCUGUGGGGGACAAGCAUAUGCGUGCUAGCUUGUGGAGGCAUGGGCUGAUGAGGAUGACAUGUGGCAUGUCAGACAACGGACAUCUCGGUUCAGCAACAACGCAGUUUGCAUGUUGUUGCAGAUCUCGGAGUAGCAAUGCCGAGGCACAACGGAACUCCGCAGAGCGGCUUAACCGAGGGGCAAAGCCAGCAGAGGUCUAUGGCUUUGUGUCUUCGAUUGUGGUGGCAGUUGCCUAUGUUGUGUUUCUGGUGUGGGCCUACACGCCUGAGGAGUGGCUGCAUGCUAUAGGAGUGACCUAUUACCCAAGCAGGUACUGGGCGAUUGCAAUCCCGGCAUUCGUUCCGGUGGCAGUGGUUUUUGCGGUGAGUGUGUAUCUUAGCUUAUGCCUUAUUCACACACAGCCACCCGAUUCGGUGAACACAAUCUACGAUGACUAUGCAAUCUCUAGACAACAAGCGGCUGAAGAGCAGAAACUGGCAUUUGCAGAGGAGGAGACGGAGGAGGACACCGGCGAGGAGCUGCCUAUCCCGCCCGUCUGCGAUAUCCCGAUAAUUGAGGUGAAUGACAUUUUGUUUGGGACAAGGUCCCAGUUCCACAGCUGGGACUUUGUCCCAGAUAGGUACCAGCAGCAUUCCCUCCCUCCCAGAGGGAGGGACUGACCCAGGCUGGUACCACAGCUGGGACCUUGUCCCAGGCUGGUACCAUAGCUGGGACCUUGUCCCAGGCUGGUACCAGCAUCUGGUACUAGCAGCUGGGACUAUCUGGGAAGAGUGGAGCACUACUGGUACCAGGAGUGGGGAGGAGGAGGGCAACUUCUCUGUGGCAGUGGCCGACCUUGCCGGAAGAAGAAACCUCAGUCUGUCCGUUGUGCCAUGCCUGCCGCGGCUCCGUCAGGCCUCUGCUGUUCCUCUCAAGGGGUUUACCUUCUGUGGGCAUUCUGUGAGAAAGCACCUGUGGAUCGUGCACCUACUCGCCUAAGGAUUGUCUUGCCCUCAGUGUGCAGUGGACGGCCUUGGCGGAAGAAGAAACCUUGUUCUAUCCGGUGCGCCAUGCCUGGUGCGGCUCCGUCAGGCCUCUGCUGUUCCUCUCAAGGGGUUUACAUUCUGUGGGCAUUCUGCGAGAAAGCACCUGUGGUGGGAUCGUGCAGCCUACUCGUCUAAGGAUUGUCUUGCCGUCGUGUGCUAGAAGUGCCCGCGACGGACAAGGAAAAUGUGGCCUUCAGGCAGGUUUGUACUGCUUAUUGUUGAAGUCUUCGCAACGGAUGAGAGUGGCCGGUGGGCGGGUGGACUGUCGCUUGCACGUGACAGUAGGCAGCUUCCUUUCGUGGUGAUGUGAUCACACAAUGCAGCCUUUGGUUUUUCUGUUCUUAUUGAUCUCGCAUCGCUUUGACGUCAUUCGGUGACUCUCGUUGGAAGUCGUCUCAAACUUCUUCUGCACAGCUCCAUGUUUUGAACGCAGAUUUUUGCGCAGGCAUAUCCGAAAGGAAUGGAGGGAUCUUUGUCCUUUUCAGAUUUUUUGACGGGCGCCUGAAAAAGCACUGAAGUAUGGCAGGGGGCUUGUGAAGACGGGUUUGUCGAUGGCUUAUUGCCAGGGGUGGCCUGGCGUUUGGCUAUGCGAGAUUUUCGACGUGCAGUACAUAUUCUGUGCAAUGUUAUGUCUCGUUGUGUGAGUAUUGACGCCGCCCUUUCAUCCCCUCGCAUCUGAUUGGAUUCCCAUUUGUUCUUCGAGAUAUGUGGCCAUCCAUUCCCAGCCAGAGUUCUAGAUUGAGUGAAUCAGCACCUUGCCUCUGCGAGAUGAGGUUUGUCAUCAUCUUCCCUCUAGCUCUUGCAUUGUUGUAGUCAAUCUGAUGGUUAUCUUCUACCCUGCUCCCCCCCCCYCCCCCCYCSGGCCCUCCCCCCUCCCCCCUCCUCACUCCCAUACACCCGCCCUCAGGUAUUCAUCCGCCAAAGUUCGAUCACUGGGGGAUUAUAUCCUACCCUAAGAAAUCCUUCUUGUUGUGCUGUGGGAACUACACCAUCGUCCUCCAGGUCGUCACUGUGCAGGCAAAAACGAUCAGUUAUCGCGGACUCUGCUUUGUCGAACUGAACAUUUUCCACUCCCAAAGGAAUUAUUGAACCCAUUGCUGUACAUUGAAGCUCGGCAUUCAGGAAUAAGGUCUCAAGUUUCGGUAGAAGGCUCCCGCACUGGUGGUGCAAGCCAGCGUGAGCACCUCUUUGUGAAUCAGGUCAGCCUCCAUGGAUGGAAGACUAACGAACAUCUGGCCCCUUGCUAUAUACCCAUCCAAUGGACCAGUCGGGCAGACUGUCGUUGUUUUAUUCUGAAUGGUGCAAGGCCCACGA